AUGGUCCAGUCAUCGGUUCUGGGUUUCCCCCGCAUGGGUGUCCUUCGUGACCUCAAGAAGGCUAACGAGGCUUACUGGGCUGACAAGAUCUCCCAGGAGGCUCUCCUCGCCGAGGGUAAGAGGCUCCGUCUCGCCCACUGGAAGAUCCAGAAGGAUGCCGGUGUCGACAUCAUCCCCUCCAACGACUUCGCUCACUAUGACCACGUCCUCGACCACAUCCAGCUCUUCAAUGCUGUUCCCGAGCGUUACACUUCCCAGAAGCUCUCCCCUCUCGAUGAGUACUUCGCCAUGGGCCGUGGCCACCAGAAGGGUGGUGUCGAUGUCCCCGCCCUCGAGAUGGUUAAGUGGUUUGACUCCAACUACCACUACGUCAAGCCCACUCUCCAGGACAACCAGACCUUCUCCCUCGCCAAGGACCCCAAGCCCGUCCGCGAGUUCCUCGAGGCCAAGGAGGCUGGUUUCCAGACCCGCCCCGUCCUUGUCGGCCCCGUCUCCUUCCUUGCUCUUGGCAAGGCUGACCGUGGCUCCUCCGUCGACCCCAUCACCCUCCUCGACAAGCUUGUCCCUGUCUACGUCGAGCUCCUGAAGCAGCUCAAGGCCGCUGGUGCCGAGUCUGUCCAGAUUGACGAGCCCGUCCUCGUCUUCGAUCUCCGCCCCGAGGUCAAGGCUGCCUUCAAGCCCGCCUAUGAGGCCAUUGCCGCCGCUGGUGAUGCCGUCCCCAAGGUCAUUGUUGCCACUUACUUCGGUGACAUCGUCCACAACUUCGACGUUCUCCCCGCUUUCUCCGGCGCUGCUGGUCUCCACGUCGACCUUGUCCGCAACCCCGAGCAGCUUGAGCCUGUCCUCAAGCAGCUCGGCCCUAACCAGAUCCUCUCUGCCGGUGUUGUCGAUGGCCGCAACAUCUGGAAGAACGACUUCGCCAAGUCGCUCGAGAUCCUCCAGACUGCCGUCAAGGCCCUUGGCCCUGAGCGCGUCAUCGUCGCCACCUCCAGCUCCCUCAUCCACACUCCCCACACCCUCGCCAGCGAGAAGAAGCUCCCCUCUGAUGUCUACGAGUGGUUCUCUUUCGCCGUCGAGAAGGUCAAGGAGGUUGCUACCCUCGCCAAGGCUGUGACCGAGCCCGAUGCCGUCAAGGCUGAGCUUGAGGCCAACGCUGCUGCCAUCAAGGCCCGCACUGACUCCAAGCGCACCAACGACCCCGCUGUCAAGGAGCGCCAGGCCCAGGUUACCCCUGAGCAGCACAACCGCAAGGCCCCCUUCAACACUCGCUACGCCGAGCAGAAGAAGCACCUUUCUCUCCCUCUCUUCCCCACCACCACCAUCGGCUCUUUCCCCCAGACCUCCGAGAUCCGUGUCCAGCGUAACAAGUUCACCAAGGGUGAGAUCUCCGCCGAGGAGUACGAGCGCUUCAUUGAGAAGGAGAUUGAGCUCGCCGUCAAGAUCCAGGAUGAGCUCGACCUCGAUGUCUACGUUCACGGUGAGCCCGAGCGUAACGACAUGGUUCAGUACUUCGGUGAGCGCCUCAACGGCUACGUCUUCACCACCCACGCCUGGGUCCAGUCUUAUGGCUCCCGCUGCGUCCGUCCCCCCAUCAUUGUCGGUGAUAUCUCUCGCCCCGCUCCCAUGACCGUCAAGGAGUCCAAGUACGCUGCCUCUAUCUCCAAGAAGCCCAUGAAGGGCAUGCUUACUGGCCCCGUUACCUGCCUCCGGUGGUCUUUCCCCCGUGUCGAUGUUCACCAGUCCGUCCAGUGCCAGCAGCUCGCUCUGGCUCUCCGCGACGAGGUUGUCGACCUUGAGAAGAACGGCAUCUACGUCAUCCAGGUCGAUGAGCCUGCCCUCCGUGAGGGUCUCCCUCUCCGUAAGGGUCAGGAGCGUGAAGCCUACCUCAAGUGGGCUGUCGACUCCUUCAAGCUCGCCACCGCUGGCGUCGAGAACUCCACUCAGAUUCACUCUCACUUCUGCUACUCUGAGUUCCAGGACUUCUUCCACGCCAUCGCUGCCCUUGAUGCCGAUGUCCUCUCCAUCGAGAACUCCAAGUCCGAUGCCAAGCUCCUCAAGGUCUUCAUUGACGAGGAGUACCCCCGCCACAUCGGCCCUGGUGUCUACGACAUCCACUCUCCUCGUGUCCCCACCCUUGAGGAGUUCAAGCAGCGCAUCGAGGAGAUGCUUGCUUACCUCAAGCCUGAGCAGCUCUGGAUCAACCCCGACUGCGGUCUUAAGACCCGCAAGUGGGAUGAGGUCAAGGGUGCCCUCUCCCACAUGGUUGAGGCCGCCAAGUACUUCCGUGAGAAGUAUGCCAACAAGGCUUAA